AUGAUUUCCAAUAGAGAAAAGAAAUGCUCAACUUCAAUUAGCGAUCUUCCGAAUGAGAUUUUCGAUAAAGUAAUUUCCUAUUUGAAUGUUGAGGAUCGCAAAACAGCUUCAUUAGUGUGCAGUCGAUGGUCAUUGUUUGCAUUUUCGCGGAUUGCCCUUGCGGAUGUACUGUUGGAAAUCAACUGUGCUCAGUGUAAUACCGCAGAUUACUGGACAGUUCUACGGAACAGCUCCCGCAAUUAUCGUAAUUUGGUGCUGAAGUUUGCCGAUGAUGACGACGGGUUUUUGUUGAAAAUUUUAGACAAAUUCCAAGACACUUUGGAGCAAAUAAGUAUCGAACAAGAUCAGGAUGCACGGCUAUUGCACACGGAAAUGUCGUCCAAUUACUUUAUCCAGUUGAUGCAACGGUUCGUAAACAUUAAAAAGUUUGAAGUUAAAACGGUGCUAGAAAUAUUGGAUGAUUUAGAAAAAUGUUUACCGACAUUGCCAUAUUUGGAAUCAAUCUGUUUUUACACACAUGGGCUAGAAAAGGAAUGGAUCGAUUGGUCUACUAUCGCUCCUAACCUAAAGUAUAUCGGAGUGCCUCUGGAAGAUGAGAAAAGUGCAUUUCCAAAAUUAAUCCACGAUUGCAGCGACCAAAUUUUACACCUUUCAAUCGAUGCAAGAUUUGUUGAACGCGACGAACUUGAGUUUUGCAAAGCGAAAUUCCCUCAUUUACAGAAAUUGCGCCUGCUCUACCCUAUUAACCUGACAACAUCCAUUGGAGUCAUUCGGAAUUUCAUCGAAAGCUGCUGCCUUCUAACUGAAAUAAGUCUCUUUAGCAACGUGAUUCAUGCUGAUACGCUCGAGACCAUAGCAAAGCACUGCAUUCGGCUUCAAGUAGUAAACCUAGAUUCCAAUGACGUACAUCCGACGAUCUUUGCAACCUUAUCGAAACUGCCCAGCCUGCGUCAUUUAAUACUGCACAAAAUGACGGUCGAUUCGGCGAUGAUUACGGCAGCGGCCUGUUUCCCGGCGCUGUGCCAGUUAACGUGCCUCUCGAUAAGAAUCACCGUACCGGAUGCCUUUUUCGAGCAACUUCAAAAGCGAAUGCCCAAACUGACCAUUCUGGAGCUGUUGGAUCGUUUCCGCUUUGGUAUCAGUAAUUUUAACCAAACCGGGGUUGUUCAAGCAAUAUGCAAAAAUCUGCACAGCCUCCGGCGAUUGGCACUUGUCGACUGGGCUAUACUGGAUAUGUCAAUUUUUGGCAUGCUUCACAAGCUUGAUCGUAUGACUGAUCUGCGUAUUAAGUGCAUUGGAUUAAACGCGGACCAGAUGAUUACUCCAUGCAGUGGGGUGAAGCGAUUGGUUUUGGAUAUUGAUUCGUUCAAGCCAACUGACACUGUUCCUCCCAUCAGCCGAACUCCGUUAGCUGAAGUAAUUCACAAGACCUUUCCGAAAUUAACAAGCAUAGAGCUACGUAAGAGAUUUCUCGAUAGAACCAAAAUCUCUGAACAGGAAGUUACAUCGCUCCAUUCAUUGAUGCCGUGCUGUACAAUCUAUCGCAAAACUCGACUGAAUAUGGCUGACAGAGAACACGCUGCUCUGCUUUAAAUCGAUACCAAGAGGUGUUCUUCAAUGCUAAUCGUUAAAUUUAAUUUAGAUGUACUCGUAUCUAUUCUAUAUUCCUAACUAUAGUUCAUAGUUAUCGUCAUACCGCUCCUUAAACUCCAGUAACCGUUCUAAACUCUCCUUAUAAUUCUCUGACUCUAGUCCGCUUUCCUCGAAACGCGGUAUUCUGACCAGUUUGAUACGACUUACCUCGCGAUGUAGACUGUCGAUUGUAUCGGCCAAACCACCGGAAGAUUGAAUUUGAGCGAGAACCGGAGCC